UUCAGUAAGUACAACUUUUAGAAUUCUCCAACUCAGAUCUGACCCUGAGAAGUACCCUGGGUUCUUCCAGUCAUGGGGUUGUUCAAUGUCACUCACCCUACUUCUUUCCUCCUGACUGGUAUCCCUGGUCUGGAGAGUUCUCAUCCUUGGCUGGCAGGGCCCCUCUGUGUGAUGUAUGCUGUGGCCCUUGGGGGAAACACAGUGAUCCUACAGGCUGUUCGAAUGGAGCCCAGCCUUCAUGCACCCAUGUACUUCUUCCUGUCCAUGUUGUCCUUCAGUGAUGUGGCUAUGUCCCUGGCCACACUGCCCACUGUGUUCAGAACGUUCUGUCUUGAUGCCCGCGACAUUGCUUUUGAUGCCUGCCUAAUCCAGAUGUUUCUCAUUCACUCCUUCUCCAUGAUGGAGUCAGGUAUUCUACUGGCCAUGAGCUUUGACCGCUAUGUAGCUAUUUGUGAUCCCUUGCGCUAUGCCACUGUGCUCACCAAUGAAGUCAUUGCUGGAAUGGGUUUAGCUGUAACUGCUCGGAGCUUUUUCACCCUCUUCCCUCUUCCCUUUCUUAUCAAGAGGCUGCCUAUCUGCAGAUCAAAUGUUCUUUCCCACUCCUACUGCCUACAUCCAGAUAUGAUGAAGCUGGCUUGUGCUGAUAUCACUAUCAACAGCAUCUAUGGACUCUUUGUUCUGGUAUCCACCUUUGGCAUGGACCUGCUUUUUAUCUUCCUGUCCUAUGUGCUCAUUUUGCACUCUGUUAUGGGCAUUGCUUCCCGUGAGGAACGCCUCAAAGCUCUCAACACAUGUGUGUCACAUAUCCUGGCAGUACUUGCAUUUUACGUGCCAAUGAUCGGAGUUUCCACAGUGCAUCGCUUUGGGAAACAUGUCCCACGCUACAUACAUGUCCUGAUGUCCAACAUCUACCUCUUUGUGCCUCCUGUGCUCAAUCCUCUCAUUUAUAGCGCCAAGACAAAGGAGAUCCGUCGAGCCAUUGUCCGCAUGUUUCAUCGCAUGAAAGUGUAAUUUUUGACAUCCUGCUUUAGGAUCUGAUGUUUAUUAUGGGCUGGCUUC